GUUGGGAGAGCCGCGCCGGGUCGUCGGUCUACACGAUGGCAGGCCAGUGUCCCGACUUUUCUCGGCUUUCGCGUUGUUCCUUGUCGUGCCAUCCGUCGCGCGUUACCCGACGUCAUCCCGACGCCGUCGUCGCGGUCAGACGCUAGCGUCGCGGCGACGAGACCAAAAGCCGACAGAUAAAACGAGGAAAGAAACGAACCCAGGAACGACGAAGACGAGAAUCGUUCCUCUCCCGCAAAGGGGACGUCGAUCGAUGUCCCUUGGCCGGUUUGAUCGUUCGUCGCGGACGACGAUCCCCGUUGUCACAGGGACUCCUUCGUACCAGUAAAACCGGUGACUCGGAUAUUACGUGCCUUCCCAUUGGUGACCAACGCCUAUCCGCGAUUGUUACCUGGAUACUCAUCUUAGAGGAUCCUGUAGACUCUGCCUUGGAGAAUCAUGGGAUUAAGGGAUUUUCCUGGUCACCUGUGAAGCUGAUUUUCGAGUAAAUUGAUAAAGGUUGCAAGAGGAGUUAUCAAUGCUGUGGAUACUCAUACCCUAUCUUAGAGGAUUCGUGGAUUGUAUUGGUUAUAUGUGAAGCUGAAUUUGGAGUAGAUUGAUAAGAAAGACUGCAGGAAGAGCUACCGUUAACCUGGAUAUUUUACAUCGUAUUCUAUCUUAGAGGAUCAGAGGGUUAGAGGAUUGGUCUGGUUACCUAUGAAGAUUUUCGAGUGAUGCUAUAAAGGACGUUGCAAGAUCUUCCGAGCUGAAUGAUCGAUCAGGCUGAUGCGGGCGUUUCGCAGGCAUGCCCGCCAAUCUAGGGAACACCGCCGCGUGAGAAGCUGCCGGGACAUGUGCCUUUUGGCCUCCUAUUGAUCGGUGCGUCCCGACGCGACCACCGGAUCCUGACGUUUCGGGAUCACGGGCUACUACAACCGAGGAUUCCGACCUGUCCCGUGAAGAGUCCACAGCCCCUGAAGGAAUUCGUGGGUCGCUGCCAGACGAUGCCAUCGCGAGUGAAGAAGUCCUUCUGCGGUUGCCUCCAGGAUGACGAGCCGCCGGAAAUCACGUAUUGCGUUGUGGAGCACACGGGCACGCUCACGCUUCAAGCGAUGACGCCAACUCUACCGAUGCCCGCCGAAGAGGAGCUGAACAAGAUGUUCCUCGAAUUGGUCGACGAGCUGGACCUGACCCAGGCCAACCGGCAGGCGGUUCUGGCGCUUUCGGCGAACAAAAAGUGGCAGAUAUACUGUUCCAGAAAAGGCAACGGGACUCUGGAGAACGGUGGUCUGAGGACUACCGAUCUUAGCGGUGAUCCUGAGGAUUAUAUUAAUAGGCUGAGGACCGUAGCGAGUAGCCCGUUCCCCGAAGAAAGCGAAGAGGUGUCGAACCAAAUGCGCCAGGUGGAGGCCUUAAAGACCGCCCUGAGGACACAGCCGCACAGUUUCGUCCUCAGGUUCAUAGAACUCGAUGGGUUGAAUGCUCUGCUGCAAGUCCUCGGCAUCAUGGACGCGGGAGCGGCGAACAGUAACCUGCACACUAGCGUGAUAGGCUGUUUAAAGGCGUUGAUGAACAACUCGAACGGAAGGGCACACGUUCUUGCGCACCCGACCGCCAUCAACACGAUAUCCCAGUCGCUGGCGACUGAGAAUAUCAAAACGAAAAUCUCCGUGUUGGAGAUUCUCGGAGCGGUCUGCUUGGUCCCGGGCGGCCAUCGAAAGGUCCUCGAGGCGAUGUUGCAUUUUCAGCAGUAUCAUUCCGAACGAACACGUUUUCAAAGUAUUAUCAACGACCUGGACAAGAACUUCGGGAUCUACAAGGACAAUUUGUCACUGAAGACUGCGAUCAUGUCGUUCAUCAACGCUGUUUUGAAUUACGGGCCUGGCCAGGUCACGCUUGAGUUCAGGUUGCAUCUCAGAUACGAGCUGCUGAUGCUCGGUAUACAGCCUAUUAUCGAGAAACUUCGGAAGUACGAGAAUGAGACGCUGGACAGGCAUUUAGAUUUCUUCGACAUGGUUAGGAACGAGGACGAGAAAGAAUUGGCGAGGAAGUUUGAGAAGGAGCACGUGGACACGAAGAGCGCGACCGCGAUGUUUGAUUUAUUGAGAAGGAAGCUCAGUCACACUGCUGCUUAUCCUCAUUUGUUGAGUCUGCUGGAGCAUUGUCUUCUGUUGCCACUCGAUUACGGCUCCCAUCCCCAGCACUGGCUCCUUUUCGAUCGGAUCGUGCAACAAAUAGUCCUUCAGUCAGAAGGAAACGAGACCGGUACUAUAAGGAACCCCGACGUCGCGCCUAUCGAGAUCAACGUGAAGGAAAUCGUCCAUUUGCUCGCUAAGGAAGAGGAACUUGUCGCCGCCAGGAAAAAGGCCGAAGAGCUGGAACGGGAGAACUCGGACAUGUCGACGAGAUUGGCCAAGAAGGAACAAGAGCUGGACUUGAGGACGCAAGAGAAAGAAGACAUGGAAGCGAGUCUGGCGAGGGUCAAGGAACGUCUAGAAAAGGAGACCUCGAUGCACAUCGAGACGAAACAGAGAAUCUCUGAGUUGCAAGAUAACGUGGAGGCGCUGUCGCGGCAGAUAAACAACGAGAAAUCCGAGAGAAAGCGGCUGGAACAAUUGGUGGCUUCCGGGAGUUUGCCGGACGACGCGAAAGCGUCGAUUAAACUCGUCGAGGAUGAAGUCCUCGAGAAGGUUGAGGCGAAACCUAUGCCGCCACCGCCCCCGCCUCCGCCUUUGGCUCCACCGCCGCCUCCUUGUUUAAUGCCUACUGCGCCUCCUCCUAUGAAAGUGGAGAUUAUCAAAAACGUUCCUCAGCCAAGCAAUCCCCUAAAGUCGUUCAACUGGUCGAAGAUCCCUGAGCAGAAGUUGCAAGGCACGAUAUGGUCAGAACUCGACGACACGAAGCUGUACAAUGUUAUGGACCUAGAAUCGAUUGACAAGAUUUUCUGCGCUUAUCAAAAAAAUGGUGUAUCGACCGAGGGCUCGAUCGAAGAUCUAAGGACUUUAGGAAAGAAUAAGAAGACUAUGUCGGUGAUCGAUUCGAGAAGAGCUCAGAAUUGCACUAUACUGUUAUCGAAGUUAAAGAUGUCCGAUAAUGAGAUUACGAGAACGAUUCUGUCUAUGGAUCAGCAGAAUAUUUUGCAUAUAGACAUGGUCGAGCAGCUGUUGAAGUAUAUUCCUUCGUCAGAGGAGGCGGCUCUUUUGGAUAUCCACCAAAAGGACUUGCAGAACAGGGCCGAUUGUUUCUUGUACCAAAUAUCUAAAGUACCGCAUUACGAACAAAGGUUGCGAUCCCUUCACUACAAAAAGAAAUUCGCAGCCAGCAUCGCGGAAUUGACGCCGAGAAUGCGUGCGGUUCUCGAAGCUAGUCGACAGGUCGCGAGAUCGCGGCGACUAAGGAAGCUGCUGGAAUUGGUGUUAGCUCUAGGGAAUUAUGUAAACCGCGGAAACGCUCGAGGCAACGCCUGCGGCUUUCGCCUGGCCUCUUUGAACCGUCUAGUCGACACGAAGUCCUCUUGCUCGAAAGGCACCACAUUGUUGCACUACUUGGUCCAGAUAUUGGAGUCCAGGUUUAGAGAGGUGCUGGACAUCGAGGAAGACAUGCCACAUGUUCGGACUGCGGCGAGAGUCAGCAUGGCUGACCUGCAGAAGGAAGUGGCUAACUUGAAGAAUGGUCUUCAGGAUGUUCAAAGAGAAAUAGAAUUCCACCGUGGACAGUCUCAAGUUCUACAGGGCGACAUGUUCCUACCCGCAAUGAGGGAUUUCCAGGCUCAGGCCACGUGUAGGUUGGCUGAAGCAGAGGAUUUGUUCCAAGAUAUGAAAACCAGGUUUGACCGAGCAGUCAGAUUAUUCGGUGAAGAUUCAGCCGGAGUCCAACCAGACGAAUUCUUCGGAAUCUUUGAAAACUUUCUUCAAGCGUUAGCUGAAGCAAGACAGGAUGUAGAAAAUAUGAGGAAGAAGAUCGAGGAAGAGGAACGUAGAGCGAAACAGGAACAAGAACUUCGCAAGAGGACAAUGGAGAGGAAAAAUUCACGCGAGGGAAUAUUGAACAGCAUUUCCUUGAGCAAGAAGAACGAGGCGAAUAGCAACGGACAAAACGACAACAAAGGUGAAUUUGACGAUUUAAUAUCCGCCCUUCGAACCGGGGACGUUUUCGGAGAAGACAUCGCAAAAUUCAAGAGAUCGAAACGCCGGCCAGUGACGCCCAGCGGUCAAGAAUCGCGAAGACACAGCGCUCACAGGGAAGACUCUAGGGAGCGGCAUUGA